GGCCCCGAGCCAUGGCCCAGGCCGGCGAGGAGGCGCUGCCCGGGCCCGAGACCGCGGUGCAAAUCCGCGUCGCCAUCCAGGAGGCCGAAGACGUGGAGGAGCCGGAGGACGACGAGGAGGGGGCGGAGGCGCGCAGCGCGGGGGACCCGGCCCGGUACCUGAGCCCCGGCUGGGGCAGCGCCAGCGAGGAGGAGCCGAGCCGCGGGCACAGUGGCGCCACGACGAGUGGGGGCGAGAACGAGCGUGAGGACAGCGAGCAGGAGUGGAAGCCCCCGGACCAGGAGUUAAUCAGGAAGCUGGUGGACCAGAUCGAAUUCUACUUUUCUGAUGAAAACUUGGAGAAAGAUGCCUUCCUGCUCAAGCACGUGCGUAGGAACAAGCUGGGGUACGUGAGCGUCAAGCUCCUCACGUCCUUCAAAAAGGUGAAACACCUGACCCGGGACUGGAGAACCACGGCGCAUGCCUUGAAGUACUCGGUGAGCCUGGAGCUGAAUGAGGACCAGCGGAAGGUGAGGCGGACCACCCCCGUCCCCCUCUUCCCCAACGAGAACCUCCCGAGCAAGAUGCUCCUGGUCUACGAUCUCCACCUCUCCCCCAAGCCGUGGGCUCCAGCCACCCCCCCGAAGAACGGGAGGGUGCAGGAGAAGGUCAUGGAGCACCUGCUCAAGCUCUUCGGGACCUUCGGGGUCAUCUCGUCGGUGCGGAUCCUCAAACCCGGGAGGGAGCUGCCCCCCGAUAUCCGGAGGAUCAGCAGCCGGUACAGCCAGGUGGGGACCCAGGAGUGUGCCAUUGUGGAGUUUGAGGAGGUGGACGCGGCCAUCAAAGCCCACGAGUUCAUGAGCACAGAGUCCCAGGGCAGGGAGAACAUGAAGGCUGUCCUGAUUGGCAUGAAACCACCCAAAAAGAAACCUCUCAAAGACAAGAAUCAGGAUGAGGAGCCCGCUUCGAGCAGCCACCCGAACAGGUCCCUGAACAAGAGAGUGGAGGAGCUGCAGUACAUGGGGGACGAGUCUUCCGCCAACAGCUCCUCCGACCCCGAGAGCAAUCCCACGUCACCCAUGGCGGGCCGGCGGCACACGGCCACCAACAAGCUCAGUCCUUCCGGCCACCAGAAUCUCUUUCUGAGCCCGAACGCCUCGCCGUGCUCGAGUCCCUGGAGCAGCCCCUUGGCUCAACGCAAAGGCGUUUCCAGAAAAUCCCCGCUGGCCGAGGAGGGGCGGCUGAACUGCGGCACCAGCCCCGAGAUCUUCCGCAAGUGCAUGGACUACUCCUCUGACAGCAGCAUCACUCCCUCUGGCAGCCCGUGGGUCCGGAGGCGCCGCCUGGCUGAGAUGGCGACCCCAGAGAGGAGCCCCGGCGUGAGCCCUCUGCUGUCCCGGAAGAUGCAGACGGCAGACGGGUUACCCGUGGGGGUGCUGAGACUGCCCAGGGGCCCUGACAACACCCGGGGAUUCCAUGGUGGACACGAGAGAGGCAGGGCCUAUGUAUAAAUACCUUCGAUUUUUCAUACCGGCUCCCUCAAAAUACCUGGCAUGGCAUAGAAUGUAAUUAGGUCCCCAUCGGAAGGUUUUGUAUACAUGUAGACCUCUUAAUUUAUAUAUUUGUAAUGUAUAUAAGUUGUCUGGUACACUGUGGGUUUAAGAACAUCUUCUAGUUCAGAACAACCAGCAUGACCAUUAUUUUGCUGAUGCCCAAUGUGUCUGAAUGUCACGGCCUUGCAGGGCUGCAGGACCGAGGCUCCCCGGGGUCGGUCGGGCCGCCGGUCUCUUCUUCACGGCAGAGUUCUUCCCCGCAGCAACUGAGCUGUCCUCGGCGGGCCAUGCGGGGCCUUCCAGAGAGCCCAUGGGAGUUCUUUUCUGUAAUGGCCAUUCGUUCAGCCAGUAGCAUGGUAUCUCACGGGACCAAAUG